UUCGCAGGCCGCAGCGAUGUCGUCUCCCUCCCGCGGCCGCCGCAAGAAGCAUUCCUUGCCGCCGGUGGCACCAACGUCCCUGGAAGCGAUGGAUUGGGCGGCGCUUCCCCACGACAUCCUGUUCGCUGUCUUCCUCAAGCUGGGGCCCCGCGAGAUCAUGCGGGGCGCGGACCUCGCGUGCACGGCGUGGCGGCGCGUCGCGGUCGACGAGCCCAAGCUGUGGAGCUGCGUUGACAUGGGCACGGUCCGUCAGUGGUCCACGGGGCGGUGGCGGGCGACGGCGCGUACCGCCGUGGACCGCGCCGCUGGCCAGUGCGAAGCCUUCUCGGGACCCUGCGACGACGACUUGCUGCUCUAUUUGGUCGAAAGAGCACCUUCUCUGAAAAGCCUCCAUAUCUCACAUCUCGAUGAAUCCAAAUUAGUAUUGAAUGUUGCACUACUCAAGAAGCUCCCUCUCCUUGAAGAUGUGGAAAUUUCGCUCGAAUAUUAUAGUGACUACGCCUCUCAGGAGUUGUUUGAAUCUAUAUGCGAAGCUUGUCCCCAUCUCAAGAAACUCAGAAUGAGCUUCAAUGUGUCCCUUGACUGCAAUUAUGACGAUGACAUGGAUAGCUAUGAUGGAAAAACAUAUGCGAUUCCAGUGAUGUGCGAGUUACGCUCGUUAGAAUUGUUGUGUUAUCACCUCACUGCUGCGGGGCUCACGGCCAUCCUUGAUAAUUGCCCUCUACUGGAAUCUCUCAAUGUCAGCGGUGGUUUCAUCAUCAUGAUGGAUGAGGAGCUGCAUGCUAAAUGUGCUAGAGUGAAGAACCUGACUCUUCCUUUUGACUCGGAUGAAGAGUAUUCUGAAGAAUAUGAUCUAGAGGAAGGCUACGAAUCAGACGAAUAUGAUGAAUUUUAAUAAGUAUGUUUAUGGUGAUGAUGUUGAGCGUUGGUUCCAUGAUAUCUUGGAGAUUGCUUGCCAUUGUCAUUAUAUCUGUGAUGAUCCACUGAACUUUAUGGUUUUAUGGAUUUGUUUCUCUUGAAUCACUUUUGAUCAGUAUGUGUAGUCCUUAGUCAUCAUUGUUACAGUGAUGGUGUCUGGAUCUAAGGAAAUGAUAUCCACUAUCAGUAUGUGUA